GGAGCCCGGGUGCCCGGCUCGCGCGGCUCGGUACGAGACGGGGACCUCGCGCCGCCCCAGCGCCCCCGCCCCGCGUGUGAGUCGCCGCGCCCUCCGGCCGCCCUGCCCGGUGCAUGGAGGGGCCCGUUCGGAUCGCAGCCGCCGCCGCCGCCGCCGCCGCCAGCGCGCGGGGGGAUGACCUGGGGGUGGCUCUCGGAGCCGGCUGCCGCGCAGGAGGUCUGGGGGCUUAGCCAGCCCUGCGGAGAGUGAGCUGAGGCCAGGGCUUUCUCUGGAAGUCUUCCCUGCCUACUCCUGCAAUUGGGCGCUAUGCAUCCAGACCUCGGACCCUUAUGGACACUGCUGUAUGUUCUUGGGAUUCUGUGUUCUUCUGUGAGUUCAGACUUGGUGCCUUAUUUUAUUUCUGAGCCACUCUCUGCUGUCCAGAAGCUUGGUAGACCUGUGGACCUACAUUGUUCUGCUAAACCUGUUACUGCCCGCAUCUCCUGGUUGCAUAAUGGGAAACGAUUGGACAGCAACAUGGAACAGAUUAAGAUUCAUCAGGGGACUUUGACCAUUCUGUCUCUUAACCCUUCCCUUUCUGGUUACUACCAGUGUGUUGCCAACAACAGCAUUGGUGCCAUUGUGAGUGGCCCUGCAACAGUGUCCACUGCAGCUCUUGGUGAUUUUGAUUCGUCAACAAUGCAUGUUAUUACUGCAGAAGAGAAAAACACGGGUUUCAUUGGCUGUAGGGUACCAGAGAGCAACCCCAAGGCUGAGGUGCGCUAUAAGAUCCGGGGAAAGUGGCUGAAGUAUUCCACAGGGAAUUACAUAAUCCUUCCCUCAGGAAAUCUUCAGAUUCUGAAUGUAUCCUCGAAGGAUAAGGGGUCAUACAAAUGCGCUGCUUAUAAUCCUGUCACCAAUGAAUUGAAAGUUGAACCCACUGGCCGAAAGCUCCUUGUGAGUCGCCCUUCUUCAGAUGGUUUUCACAUUCUCCACCCUGCUCUUUCUCAGGCAUUAGCUGUCCUUCCUCACAGCCCUGUUACCUUGGAGUGUGUGGUGAGUGGGGUCCCCGCCUCACAAGUGUACUGGCUGAAAGAUGGGCAGGAUGCUGUGUCGGGAAGCAACUGGAGAAGGGUGCACUCGCAUCUUGCCACGGCGAGCAUUGACUCAGCGGACUCUGGGAACUAUUCCUGUGUGGUGGGCAACAGGUCCGGAGAUGUAAAACACGUCACUUACAUGGUCAAUGUUCUGGAGCGUGCUUCAAUUUCUAAAGGGCUGCAAGAUCAGAAGGUGUCUCUGGGGGCCACCGUACAUUUUACCUGUGAUGUUCAUGGGAACCCAGCCCCCAACCGCACCUGGUUUCAUAACGCCCAGCCUAUUCACCCCUCCUCACGGCAUCUAACUGAAGGGAAUGGACUGAAGAUCACUGGGGUUACCAUGGAGGACUCAGGGCUAUAUCAGUGUGUAGCAGACAAUGGGAUUGGACUUAUGCAAUCGACAGGAAGACUUCAAAUUGAACAAGACAGUGGACUGAAGCCUGUUAUAGUCACAGCACCGGAAAAUGUAGAGGUGAUGGAUGGAGACUUUGUGACCUUGUCUUGCAAUGCCACCGGGGUGCCUGUCCCUACCAUUCAUUGGUAUGGCCACCGUGGAUUGAUAACCAGCCAUCCAUCUCAGGUCCUCAGGUCCAAAUCCCGAAAGUCCCACCUGCUCCGACAUCGGGACCUGGACCUGGAGCCUGUCUACUUCAUCAUGUCCCGGGCUGGCUCAAGCUCUCUGUCUAUUCGGGCAGCUACUCAGGAGCAUGCUGGGAAAUAUACCUGUGAAGCCACAAACAAGCAUGGUGCCACACAGUCAGAAGCUUUCCUUACGGUUGUUCCUUUUGAAACAAAUACAAAGGCAGAGUCGGUAACACCUUCUGAAGCUACUCAGAAUGACGAACGAGACCCAAGAGAUGGUCUGGAGUCUAGUUUGCUGAGCUUGUUUCCAGUGAAGGUGCAUUCCAGUGGAGUGGAGUUGCCAACACAGAAAAAUGCCUCCGUGCCCGAUGCUCCUCAUAUACUGAGUCCCCCACAAACCCACAUGCCAGAUACGUACAACCUGGUGUGGAGGGCAGGGAGGGAUGGCGGCCUGCCCAUCAAUGCCUACUUCGUGAAGUACCGAAAGCUGGAUGAUGGCACUGGUACAGUGGGCAGUUGGCACACAGUUCGUGUCCCAGGGAGUGAAAAUGAGCUGCAUCUAACUGAGCUAGAGCCAUCGAGUCUGUAUGAAGUUUUAAUGGUGGCCAGAAGUACAGUUGGUGAAGGACAGCCUGCCAUGCUUACCUUCCGGACCAGCAAAGAAAAAAUGGCAUCGUCAAAAAACACCCAGGCAUCCUUUCCACCUGUGGGCAUCCCUAAGCGUCCUGUUAUUUCAGAGGCUUCCAACAGUAACUUUGGAGUUGUGCUUACGGAUUCCUCUAGGCAUAGUGGAGUUCCAGAAGCGCCAGAUCGGCCUACUAUCUCUACUGCGUCAGAGACCUCCGUCUAUGUCACUUGGAUUCCCCGGGCAAAUGGCGGCUCUCCAAUCACUGCCUUCAAGGUGGAAUACAAACGGAUGAGGAGUAGUGAUUGGCUGGUGGCCGCUGAAGACAUCCCUCCUUCCAAACUUUCUGUGGAAGUCCGUAGUUUAGAACCAGGUUCAACAUACAAAUUUAGGGUCAUUGCUAUCAACCAUUAUGGGGAGAGUUUUCGGAGCUCAGCAUCCCGUCCUUAUCAGGUGGCUGGCUUCCCAAAUCGUUUUUCCAACCGCCCAAUAACCGGACCUCACAUCGCAUACACAGAGGCUGUCAGCGAUACUCAGAUUAUGCUAAAGUGGACGUAUAUUCCAUCAAGUAACAAUAACACUCCCAUUCAAGGAUUUUAUAUCUACUAUCGGCCAACAGACAGCGACAAUGACAGUGACUACAAGAGGGAUGUUGUUGAAGGUUCAAAGCAGUGGCACACAAUUGGUCACCUGCAGCCGGAAACCUCCUAUGACAUUAAGAUGCAGUGCUUUAAUGAAGGUGGAGAGAGCGAGUUCAGCAACGUGAUGAUCUGUGAAACUAAAGUGAAACGUGUUCCUGGAGCUUCGGAGUAUCCCGUGAAAGACUUGAGUACCCCUCCCGGUUCUUCAGGAAAUGGAGGGAAUGUGGGGCCUGCCACCAGCCCUGCCAGGAGCAGUGAUAUGUUGUACCUCAUCGUUGGCUGUGUGCUUGGUGUUAUGGUCCUCAUUCUUAUGGUUUUCAUUGCACUGUGUUUGUGGAAGAGUCGCCAACAGAAUGCCAUACAGAAAUAUGAUCCCCCAGGAUAUCUCUAUCAAGGGUCAGAGAUGAAUGGGCAGAUGGUAGAGUAUACCACUCUCUCAGGAACAACCCGGAUCAAUGGGAGUGUUCACGGAGGCUUCCUCAGCAAAGGCAGCCUUGGCAAUGGCUGUUCUCAUCUACACCAUAAAGUCCCCAAUGGAGUCAAUGGAGUCCUGAAUGGAAGCAUAAACGGAGGGCUUUAUUCUGCACACACAAACUCGCUAACCAGGACAUGUGUGGAGUUUGAGCAUCCUCGCCAUCUAAUGAAUGGUGGAGGAAUGUACACAGCAGUCCCUCAGAUUGACCCUCUGGAAUGCAUUAAUUGUCGGAAUUGCCGGAACAACAAUAGGUGUUUCACCAAAACCAACAGUCCCCUUCCUGUGGUCCCAGUGCUGGCUUCCUAUCCUCAGGAUGGUCUGGAAAUGAAGCCCCUCAGUGCCUUGAAGGUGCCUGUGUGUCCAGCUUCCACACUUCCUGAUUGUGGCCAGUUACCUGAGGAGAGUCUCAAGGACAGUGUGGCACCAACACCUACCCAGCAUACCUGCUGUCAGGACAAUAUAAGUGACAUCAAUUCUGAUUCCACUGAAGAUACAGCAGAAUUCAGCAGAGGAGACAGAAAUGGCCAUUCAGAAGCAGAGGACAACGUUUUAAGUUGGAAUCCUCAUAUUUUGUCACCUGUCUUGGAGGACUGCCCUGAGAAGACAGCAUGGUCUCCUGGCCUUCCUCUAGAUGGGCUGUCAGUGGUCCUUCAGCAAGCCCAGGAGACCUGAGGAAGCAUGCAGGCCUCUUCAUGUUCCCAUUGCAAGCCAGUAACUGCGCAAUGCGGGCCUGGGGACACACUGUGUGAAGGACAUUAAUUCAAAUCAGAGAAAAUCAUUAUUUAUUUUUUGUAGUAGUAAUGUCGUGAAUGUAUCUUAAAAUGUGUGCCCUUUUAUAUUAUUUAUGCCUUAAGUAUUCCCUUUUUCAUUUCUUCCUCCCCCUUGAUACGACCCCCACCCACCCGUUUUAUGUAGUUUCCAAUCUGGAAAGCAGAGGGAACAUGCUUUGUUUUCCAGAACCUUCUAUGGCAGUAGGAACUUGUGUUGGGUCCCAUCUGGCCUAUUCAGUUGUAGGGAGGAAGAUUGCCCAAGCCAUUUGAAGUUUGCCACCAGUCACUCCCAGAUAGAAAACUGUCACUUAUCACAUGUUAUCAGACUUUCUGAGAACAUUUAGAAAUCAACCAUAGUUGUGAUCUCACAUUUAUAAUAGCAAACCCAACUGACAAUUUUUUUGACUGCCUUCCAGAAAUGUACUGAUAUUGACUUAUUUCCUCUCUAUACCUGGGUACAAGUAGUGAUAAAUCUUUCGGGUAAAAUCAGCCAGUGUUAUGAACAUGGAAGCAUGGAAGGUCUGGUUGGAUUAUUGCAUUAUAUAGAAAGGAAACCAGGUUCAGAAAGAAAAUGAAUGCCUUCAUGGCCCACUGCUUUAAUUGCAUCAGUUUACAAAAUGGUCGCCAUGGGCUCUUUGCAUUAUUUGCAAGGGUAUGUGCAAAAGUCAGACUUUUAAGGUGGUAGUUAAAGAGAAAGAUGUUAGAAUCUUAAAAAGAUAGAGGAGGGCUGAAGGGACCGAGCUAAGUGAAGCCCUUUGUUCUGUUCCACAGUGCAUGUAGUGCCACAUGCUUGAAGACUGUCCAUUUUGUCACUCCCAGCAUGGACAGUAUCCUAGAACAUGUGAGUGAGCAUGUGUGAGUCAGCCUUCUGCACUGAGGUAAAAUACCUGAGAUGAUUAGCUUGUCCAGAGAAAAGGCUCCCGGUUGUAAAAGUUCCAGUUUGUGAUCAAAUGGACCUGCAGCUCUGGGCCUGUGCGCGGGGAACACAUGAUGGUGAGCAUGCAUGGCGGAGCAAAAUAGCUUACACCAUAAACCCGAGGCAAGGGAGAGUGAGAAGAGGAGCAGAGUGUACAAGUACCUCUAAGAGCAUGUCUCCAGACCCGAAGGCCUCACACUCAUCCCCAAUGCUAGACUCUACCACCUCCUCAACAUGCCACCUGGGGAACCAGGUCUCCAGCAAGUAGGCCUUUGGAAAAUGGGAUCCAAGCUGUAGCAGAUGUCAGGGAAGACUAAGUCUGAAGAAAAGAUUUAGGGGCAUUUUCUGACAGUUUUUCUGGCCGCCAUCAUUGUGAGCGGUAACUCAGUCUAUGGUCAGUGGGGUCCAUGGAUCACAGCUAUUGUCUUCUGAGUGGUAAGAACAUUGCAGUUGCCUUUGGAAGGCUUUUCUCCAUGUGUGAAACAGAAACCCAGGUACUACAAAUGCAUGUCAUAGCUUCAAGUAGGCCCUGAUGUAUCACUGCUCUGUUUUUGAAUGGUGUAUCCCUUAGGGGGAAAAAUCAAAAAUUAUUCUCUAUAUGCAGAAUCCAGCAAUUCCAGGAUACAUUUUGUUUUAGUUUCCCGCAAAUUGCAGUGGAAGAGAAUAAGAUACUGUGCUAAUCAACUCUAUGUAAAUGUGUCAGUAUUCCCUUACAUAUAUGUGUAUCUUUUAUAAAUAGGACUGUUAGUGGAUAUGUGCUGUUUCAGCAGGGCCACUAUGCAAGUUACUCCUGGUAGAAUGCAGUGAAUAGGAUUCUACAGCUGGUAGUGGGGCUGCUGUAGAAGCAAGUUCUAUGACCUUGGGGUUCGUGUCUGUAGUGUAAGAGACCUGCAGUUAGUUAGAGGCAGUUAGCUGCAGCCCUUCUUUACAUCUGUGACGAGAAAAGGACAAAGUCCUAGUUCACAUGACAUAGAAACCUACUAUGUGUUUUGCCAGUUGAGUUAGAACAAAGCUGUCUUGUCUCAGAGGGGGUUUAGGGAAGCAGGAAGCAGAUGUCUGUGGGCAGUCAGUUGUUCGUUGUGACUCACGAAGCAGAGGUGUGUCGGCAUGAGCCUUAAGUCAGAACUGCUUUUAGAGAUUGAAUUUGACAUGGGGCUUGCCCAUGAUGAAGAGAAAAUGACUUUACCUUUAGGGCAAUCUCAUUGUGGACUGCUUUAUUUAUGAUAGUAACGCUGUUUUAAGUGUUAUCUCUUUUAUUGUAUUUUAUUUAUAAAAAUGGCUCUAUAUAUUGAGAUAUAUAAAUAUAAAUAUAAAUCUAUAAUUACCUUUAUAUUUAGGAGCUUGAGUUCUCCUUAGUGUGAGUUUCUCUGAAUUUUUAUGCCCUGCACAGUGAUCCCGAAAGCGAUCCCAGCAGGUGUCACUUCCCCAGGAAUUAAGAGGCCAUAGGAAAAUAUGGGGGUGGCGCGCAUCCGUGGAGGAACUGCUGUGUACUAGACUCCAUGUGCUAGUGUUAUCUCAUCCAGCCCCUCAACAAGCAGAGCAGGCUUGAAGUUCCCCGUCCACGUGUGAGCAAGAGCCUGCACUGGAACCGUUUACCUGGUCCAUCACCCAAGCAUCCCUUUCUCUGCUUUCUGGAAGUGUUACGGUUCACUCUCCAUGGAACCAGUCCAGAACAUGUGUUGUCCGCCCCUGCUGCGCUGUUUCUCUGCAAGGCUCCUGCUGCAGCUAGCGGGGCUUCCAAACUGGCAGAGCAGAGCCGAGUACGUCAUCUGCAGGAGUCUCUCGUUGACGCCCUGCCCUAACCCUCCCCGCACUCCUGCCCUCUCCCUCCCCAGUGGAGGUUUGAACUUCAGCUGGCUCGAUGGCCGUGAAGUUGGUAGGGCCUCUUCAUGUUUUGGGUGGCUGUUUGCUUCUAGCAUUAAACCUCCCCUCAGCCCGAGUGAAUCACGUUGCCACAUCCUGGUUGUGUUCUUCGAUUAUGUGUGGACUGCGGUUAUAGGUGCUGUACAGGGUUCGGGUAAAUUAUUCUAAACUGUUGAGGUGAUCUCAUUGUCGAGUGGUUCUCUUUGUAUUGACUGAAUCUCUGAAGACCAAGGCAUCGUACCAUGCCGAUCGUGGAUGCCAUUUCUCUCCACCAGCUCCAGGACCACCAAGCAACUGUUUGGAACUGCCCUUCGCCCGUAUUGCUCGAUCUUACAGCACUGAUCCUGAGAUGCAUGUCUUGUACUAUAUUGAAAAAACGUUUUAUUUUCCUUAAAGUUGUGAUAUUAUGUUUGGAAUUGUACAUACUUUAAGUGAUGUAGCUUUGACAGGUUUUAUUUGGUUGAUAUGAUUUUAUAUUAAAAGAGAAUGCUGCUUUCACA